GCCUAACUAGCGACCAUAGACCGACUCAGAUUUAAGACCCUAGAGCGAUAUUUUUGGACUCAUUACAGUGGUGUCGGGGUCCCAACUUGUAAGUUCACAAUAACGAAGUCGGGAUAGCCUCAGAGAUGUCCCAAGUCCUAUUUCCAUGGAGUUUCCGAGCCGGCCGGGCGGCUGUGUAACUUUUCUUUGCCCUGUCUGACUCUCCUCCUCCCGGAUACUUGCGUCAGGAAAACACGGGGAGAGAGGAACUGACCGAAAACGCCAAAGGCCUGGGAGGUAGAGGGAUCUUUGCCAGCCAGGCCCGACAUGAACCGCGGCGCAUUUGGUUGGAGUCCAGUGAUAUUUAUCGCACGGCUGCUUGCUGCCCUCUUCGUGCCCGGUUCACCCGGGAUAGUGUCAGGAUCUUCGCUCGUCCGCAAAACGUGACAGUCCGCUUCGUGGGGUCCCGCAGUGUACUCGAUAACCUCGUGGAUGUUCACCCGUGGCAAGUGGCCUGUGGGCCCCAGUGGUGCGGUUGAGAAGAUGGACAGGAUGAAGAUAAUCAAGCGGAGGCUGUCCAUGUCUCUACGCAGCGCUCGGCCCGUCGACGACUCCCUGUCUGAACUGGCUGAACAGAUGGCUUUGGAUGAGCCAUCCACAGCCAGAGACAAUGAGCCCGUGGUGGUGUGCGCUGUGCACCCUCCCGCCUCACACAGUGCUCCCUCCUUCCUGCGUCAAUAUGCUGGUCAUCUGGGCCGCACCGCCCUGCGCAGAGAGCCGGGUGGGGGGCUGGAAAGAGACAGAGCCUACCUGAGCCUUCACAGGACUGGAUCUCUUGGUAUCGUCCAUGAGAAUGUGAAGAUGGGUUCAGAUGGGGAGAGCGACCAGGCAUCUGGGACGUCUUCUGAUGAGGUCCAAAGUCCAGUCAGGGUCCGUAUGAGGAACAACCACCAUCGGCGCAUCUCUAAUGAGGACAUAAACAAACGUUUGUCUCUCCCAGCUGAUAUCAGGCUACCGGAGGGCUACUUGGAGAAGUUUGCCAUGAACAGCCCCCCCUUCGACAAGCCCAUGAGCCGCAGGCUACGGCGAGCUUCACUGUCUGAAAUCGGCUUUGGGAAACUUGAGACCUACAUCAAACUGGACAAACUUGGAGAGGGGACUUAUGCUACAGUGUUUAAGGGGCGAAGCAAGUUAACAGACAAUUUAGUAGCUCUGAAAGAGAUCCGACUGGAGCAUGAGGAGGGUGCGCCCUGCACGGCUAUCCGAGAAGUAUCUCUACUGAAAGACUUGAAGCAUGCCAAUAUUGUCACUCUCCAUGACAUUAUCCACACUGACAAGUGCCUGACACUCGUGUUUGAGUACCUGGAAAAAGAUCUGAAGCAGUACAUGGAUGACUGUGGGAGCAUCAUGAGUGUUCACAAUGUCAAGAUAUUCCUGUUCCAGCUGUUAAGAGGUCUGGCGUACUGCCACAGAAGGAAGGUCCUUCACAGAGACCUCAAACCCCAGAACCUGCUCAUCAAUGAAAAAGGAGAGCUCAAACUAGCGGACUUUGGUUUGGCACGAGCCAAGUCUGUUCCUACAAAAACCUACUCCAACGAAGUCGUGACAUUAUGGUACCGACCGCCUGAUGUGCUCCUAGGCUCCACUGAGUACUCUACACCCAUUGACAUGUGGGGUGUGGGCUGUAUCUUUUAUGAGAUGAUCACUGGUAGACCUCUCUUCCCUGGAUCGACUGUGGAGGAUGAGCUUCACCUCAUAUUUCGCAUCCUUGGCACUCCGACAGAAGAGACUUGGCCUGGUAUCACCACCUGUGAGGAGUUUAAGACAUACAGUUUCCCCCAGUAUCAAGCAGAGCCCCUCGUCAAUCACGCACCAAGAAUAGACAACGAUGGUCACGACUUGCUUUCAGUGCUUCUACAGUUUGAGGCUAAGAAGCGAGUAUCAGCUGAGGAUGCUCUCAGACAUUCGUAUUUCAGAAGCCUUGGGGAGCAGGUUCAAACACUUGCAGACACUGCGUCCAUCUUCUCUGUAAAAGGCAUUCAGCUGCAGAGAGAUCCGGGGAAGAGAUCCUCAGUGUACCCAGAGUCAGCCCAGGGGAAGAGCAGGAGGCAGAGUGUGUUGUUUUAGUGCUGCCGGAGGCGCUGAGGUGAGGAGGACAGAGACACAUGGAGCUGUCCUGUCAGCUGACAUACAUUCACUGACCUUGACACAUGUACACUGAAGGAGCCACACACACACACACACACACACACACACACACACACACACACACACACACACACACACACACACACACACACACACACAGACACAAACACUGCCACAUAAAGACACACAUAAAGGCGUACAUGCUCACACGCACACACUGAACAAGAACAAUCACAUAGAGCAACAUGGAAACAAAAACACAUAGAACUAAGGUUGAAGAAUUCAUACAUAACUUCAAAAAGACUCAGCUCAAUCCUAAAGACAGAAAAAAUUCAAAUGAGAUAAGUGCUGGAAGAAAAGUGGGAGAGUACAAGAUUCUCCUUGCUGCUACUACCGCUGCUGUCCAGGAGAGGGCAGCAUUUAGGACGUGACGGACGGACGUGGCUGACUCGGUCUUUGAACUUGCUGUAUCAGUGAGCUGCAAGGAAAAAGGAGUGAAAAGUGAACACGACUCAAAGGCAAAAGAGAAAGAGAGAGGGAAACCUUCUCUUAUGCUUUCAUUUUGUUUUCGGUUCAGACUAUUGUUGUACAUAACGAGACUGACAUGCAGAACUCUGCUUCAUAACACGCCACAGCCUGAAUCCAAACUGAAUAUUUGCACCUCAACCCUAAAACCCUCGCCGAACCUCUUGGCCCUUUACUACAACUCUCUCAAAUACACACACACACACACAUUGACACACACUGAUGACUCACUUGAGAGUCAAGAGUGUGUAAAUCAGUGGAGUUUACAGAAAUGAACUUUAGCACCUUAUUGUCCAGCAGAGGUCAGUGUGGCUGUCAUUACCUCAUCAGUCACUCAAGCAGAGUAGUAUGUAAAGUACUUUCUAGAUAGUAGAAUGAAGGAGAUUUGAUAUAACAAACCAAAAAGUAUAAACAACAACUCACUAACCAUAGGGCAGAUGUAUUUACCUUCACCAACAUAAUUGGACACUUCACCACACUACAAUUAAAAACACUUACUAACCAGUAGUUGGCCAUCAUUUUAUUUGUCACAUGCUGUAAAGAAGACUGCGCUGCAAGACGCUCCUGUUUCAGUACACAAGAAGGACAACCUGUGAGGACAGAGAGGUAAAGGAAGUGUACAAAUCCUCAAAUGCCUAUUCUUAGACUCCCCUCUUCCUCUCCUGCCUUGACUCUCAGAAGUUCUCUUCGUUUGUUGUGUGAUGUACAGGUGUUGAUGAUGAAAUGUUCUCUUUACACCUGAUUUUUAUUUUACCUCUUCAGAUCAUGAGUACGACAUUCAGUAACCCCAAAUCUCUCCCGGCCAACUCCACUUGCAUUUCUUUUUCUUUUAUUUUCUUUUUUUAUCCCGAACUGUAUAUAUGACCAUACUUUGUAUCUGUCAGAAACAAUGAUAAUUCCAGGAUGCUGUUCUCAGUCAGAACAGAGUGGCGACUGGCUGAGGACGUGUUGCACAUUCCUUGAGCUCAGGACUUAUUACUAGUGUUGUUUUGUGGAUGCUGUGAGGUACAGCCGAUCUUGUAUUGCCCACCCCCCAACCCCAGCAGAGCAGAGUACAUUGAACGUGGCCUGAAACUCCUUGCGAAGCUGGUCCAAACUGUAUGUGAAGAAAAAGAAUCAUUUCUCAGCAUCAACCUGUCAGUCUUCAGUGUCAUUCAUUCCCCGUUCAGUUGGCCAUAAUAUUGCUGUUCAGUGACUACUUUUCUCAUGUCUUCGCUUGUCAUCUCCUGCAUGUUUGUGUAUUAACCACGGCUGUUUUCAGUUGGUACGUGAAAUAGCUCCUGCUGGAAAAGGAAUACCUCCAGUUGGUUUAAAUCUUGCAUGGGACGUAAUUGUUAACACCCCAUUAACCUGUAACAGCUCCUAAGUGAGUCUGGAGACCGUAAAUAAGAUGAAGAUGUGUGGCCAGCACUGGGACCAGAUCGUUUGGAAAAUCUGACUCAACUUCAAGCUGUAUAGUGCAGAUGUACAUGUUACGUAGCCUGUGUAACUGGGCACUAAUGUUUCGCAGGACUUGAAGCACUCUGUUGUUUCCCGUCGUUAUUGUAACUGCCAGAAACAACAGGACCAAAAGUCGAUCCUCCAAGCACCUGGUGUUCAAGCACACAACUGUUUCACACACCAGUCAAUGCGUACUGUAUCUAUGAGAUAACCUGUGAGUGUAGAUGGGAGUUCCCUGUUCCUCAGGCGCUGACAUCAGGUUCACUUCUGCAUCUUUUUCUAAAAUGGAUUCAGAAAGGGUGAAGUGAUCCCACGUCUGUGCCCGUCAGAAGGACUACUUAUUUAUCCAGAGUGUGACAGGAUGUAGCAUGUACAUAGAUGAUCCCUCACUCUGUAUAUACAAACGUGUACAGGUUUGAUACAGCUAUUCACAUUUUUUUUUUGUUUUUUUUGUUUUUGCUUUUCUUUAAUGAAAGUCAUAGCAAUAUUUCUGUAAUCAAUAAAAAGCCAAGGUAAUAGGAUGAGUAUGAUUGCAUUUCUGUUCAUAUAGAGAGGGAGAAGUGACUGUGAAUGAUCAAACUGUGAGACUUGACUAAACUGACAACAGAUAUUUUUUCUUUCUUGCUGUUUAACAUGCUGGAUCCAAAAGGCUGGAGUGAAGUAUCAUGUUGCAGAAAAGAAUAUCACACUGAUUAUUUUGAUUUGUACCAAUGAAAGCCAUAAAGGUAAAAAUAGGUGAGAAAGGUUUGUGUGCAAGGGGCGAGUGCCAUGUUUGAGCACAGACCUUAAGAAGCAAGGGGGAGGGAUGUGUACACAAUAAAAAAAUAAUAAAAACAAA